AUGUAUUCCAGAGAUACCUUGCAGCAUGCGCUCUGCGUCGCGGCCCUCGCCCUGCCGCAGUUGGCGUCCGCUUUCUAUCUUCCUGGUGUUGCACCGACUUCAUACAAGCCGGACGAUCAAGUACCGCUGUACGUCAACAAGAUCUCGCCUGUCGCUGCUCUUCAGGACUACAGGCUGCACUCGGUGCUCUCCUACGAUUACUACCACCCAGCCUUUCAAUUCUGCGAGCCGAAUGGUGGUCCCAAGUACGUGUCGGAGAGUUUGGGAAGCAUUCUGUUCGGCGACAGGAUCAUGACGUCCCCGUUCGACUUGCGCAUGCUGAGAAACGAAACCUGCAAACCUCUUUGCAAGGCUACAUACUCCAAAGACCUGCGGUCCUUCAUCAAUGACAGAAUCUACGAAGGCUACAGCUUGAACUGGCUUGUUGACGGCUUGCCGGCUGGCCAGCAGAUCCAGGAUGAGCUCACCGGCACCACGUUUUACAGCCCUGGCUUCUCCUUGGGCGAGUACCAGUUCCCCGAGCACGAGCAGGACGAGGGAAAGCUUUCCUUCAACAACCAUUACGAAAUCUGGGUCGAAUACCACGAGGUGAAUGGAAACCCGAAACAGCUCCGCGUCGUGGGUGUUGUUGUGCAACCUUCCUCCAAGGCCUACACUGGCGAGCCCGACUGCUCGGAUAGCCAUCCGCCCGUCAUCUUGGAAGAAGACGAAAAGUCCCAGGAUGUUCACUUCAGCUACAGUGUUUUUUGGAGGAAGUCGGACACGGCCUGGGCGACCCGAUGGGACAAGUACCUGCACGUCUUCGACCCCAAGAUUCACUGGUUUUGGCUUAUUGACACGGCCAUCAUCGUCGUCAUCCUUGUCUUGACCGUCAUGUCAAUCUUGGUCCGCACGUUGAAGAAGGACAUUGCUCGCUACAACCGCCUCGACUCCAUCGCUCUGCAUGAUCUUGGCAGUACGUCAGUAGUGGAAGACGGGGUGCAGGAAGACUCUGGCUGGAAGCUUGUCCAUGGCGACGUUUUCCGCACCCCAUCUCACCCACUUCUGCUUUCCAUCUUCCUGGGCAGCGGCGCCCAGCUCUUUGUGAUGACCGGGUGUACCAUCAUCUUCGCCCUGCUCGGCUUUCUGUCACCUUCCAACCGGGGCUCUUUGGGAACCAUCAUGAUCGUACUCUACACCCUCCUCGGCUUUGUCGGCGGCUAUACCUCUGCGAGAACCUACAAGGCCAUGCAGGGUGAGCAAUGGAAGCUCAACAUUGCCCUCACGCCCGUGCUUGUGCCUGGCAUCGUCUUCGCCGCAUUCUUCCUCCUAGACCUGUUCCUCUGGGCCAAGCAGUCUUCCGGCGCGGUGCCUUUCACGACCAUGCUCGUCAUCAUCGCCAUCUGGUUCCUCAUCUCCAUCCCGCUCUCGGUGGCCGGGUCCUGGCUCGGAUUUCGAAGCAGGCAGAUCGAGGCUCCGGUCCGUACCAACCAGAUUCCUCGCCAGAUUCCUCCAGUCACAACGUAUCUGAAACCGGUCCCCAGCAUGUUGAUUGUGGGCUUGCUGCCGUUCGGCGCCAUCUUUGUCGAGCUCUACUUCAUCCUGAGCUCCAUCUGGUUCAGCCGAAUCUACUACAUGUUUGGCUUCCUCUUCUUAUGCUACGGCCUGAUGGUAAUUGUGUGCGCUGCGGUCACCAUCCUCAUGACGUACUUCCUCCUCUGCGCGGAAAACUAUCGCUGGCAGUGGCGGUCGUUCCUCGCCGCUGGCAUGAGCGGCGGGUACAUCUUUUUGAACUGUUUGCUGUACCUCGUCACCAAGGUGAAGCUAGGCGGCUUGGCAGGAAUCGUCUUGUACAUGGGCUACAGUGCUCUCAUAUCCUUUCUGUUUUUCAUUCUCGCAGGCUCCAUUGGUUACUUUGCCAGCUGGUGGUUUGUCCAAAAGAUUUAUGCAUCCAUCAAGAUCGACUAA